CACCCUACGUCAUCAUGUUCUACCAAUCAGCGAAAAAUUUUGACGCCUGCAGGAAGGAGGCGUAAAAACAAAGUAAAGAGAAAAGUACGCUGUGCAAAAGUAUUGCUUGCGUCCACGUUUUAAUUGUUAAACAUGUUAAAGUCUCUAACGUCUGCCUGCAGACUGAGGUCCAUUCACAGACUGCAACGAAUUCAGGCACAUAUGAUGUCAAGUCAUGGAGAACCUGAGGUUCUGCUGGACAAAGUGGGCAGGGCUGGUGUGAUUACAAUGAACAGACCUAAAGUUCUCAAUGCACUUAACCUGACAAUGAUCAGGCAAAUUUUGCCACAACUCAAGAAAUGGGAAAAUGAUGCUGAAACGGACAUUGUGAUCAUUAAAGGAGCAGGUGGGAAAGCCUUUUGUGCUGGCGGAGACAUUAGAGCGGUAACAGAAGCGGGGAAGGUUGGUGACUCUCUUGCUCAGGACUUUUUUCGGGAGGAAUAUACUCUAAAUAACACCAUAGGAUCAUUCAAGAAGCCAUAUAUUGCUUUUAUUGGUGGCAUAACAAUGGGAGGGGGUGUGGGUCUGUCAGUUCAUGGACGCUUUCGAGUGGCAACUGAGAAGACUCUGUUUGCGAUGCCAGAGACCGCCAUCGGACUUUUUCCUGAUGUAGGAGGAGGAUAUUUUCUCCCCAGGCUUCAAGGAAAGCUUGGACUGUUCCUCGCCUUGACGGGCUUCCGGCUCAAAGGACGGGACGUGCAGAGAGCUGGAGUUGCCACUCACUUUGUAGAUUCUGUGAAGAUCCCAGACCUGGAGAAUGAACUAGUGGAUUUGAAAUCUCCCUCUGAUGCUGAAAUCACCAAAGUGCUUGACUCCUACCAGAACCAGAGUAGUAUAGACUCUGACAAGCCUUUUGUUUUGGACAAACACCUUCACAAUAUCGACAGGCUGUUCAGCGCCAGCAGCAUGGAAGGAAUCAUGCAGAACCUGAAGGCAGAUGGUUCCGAAUUUGCUAAGAAACAAGCCGAGGUCCUGUCUAAAAUGUCUCCCACAUCCCUAAAGAUCACAUACAGACAGCUGCAGGCCGGUGCAACUCUGAGCCUGCAGGAGGUGUUGGUGAUGGAGUAUCGAUUGAGCCAGGCCUGCAUGAGAGGCUGUGAUUUCUAUGAAGGUGUUCGAGCUGUGCUGGUUGACAAAGACCAGAGUCCCAAGUGGAAUCCAUCAACCCUGGAGGAGGUGUCUGAGCAGAGUGUGGACGAGUGUUUUUCCUCUUUAGGAGAGAAGGACCUGACUUUGUGACGUGCAUCAGCCAGCAGUUGCGGCCCGUCUUCAGACAGACACCCAGCACUAAACCUAAUGUAAACAGCCACUUCCUGCUCGCUCAUCCUUUUAUCGCCACACGGUUUAGAGGCUUCUGCUUUGGAGAACGGCUGACCUUUAUGACAAAACCUUCCAUAGAUGUGCUGUUAAUCAAUCUGGUUAAGGUGUAAGCUGGUGCCUUGUAAAAAAAAAUAUCUGAUUUAAAAAACAAGAUUGAAAGAGAUUUUGAGUAAAGAAUAAAAAAAUGUAAUUUGUGAGUCACAGGAUAAAAUUUCCAAUCUUGACCGACAGGGUUUAUAACAGACACAGCAGUGCCUAUUCAGUGGAAGUGCAGUCAUUUCCACAUGGUUGGUACAAAAAAAGCGUUCUAUUGCAAAGUCAAGGACCAAGCUGCAGCUCUCCAUUUGCAGAAGGACACAGAAGGAGAAAAUGACCUCAGCGUUGAGUGUUUCAUUACAUCUCCUGUGGGAGUUUGUUGAUUUGACACAACUCUGCACCAUUUGUGUGUUUGCAGGGUGUUUGCUGACUCUAAUGGAGAUAAUGUAAUGCUUUCAUUUCCCUAAUAUCUCCCCCUUCUUGCUUCCUUUUAAGUGUUUUUUUUUUUUAGUGGAAAGGAGCUAAAUACGGCUUAGGAUAAACAGUGAGAUUACUUUAGAAUGAAAAAAACAACAUUUUUGUAUCUGACUUUUUUAUAAUCAAGAAUAAAUCAUUUCCUGAAAGAGA